CCUUCUCCCGCCUAAUUCCUUCUACCUCACCUUACCUUACCUACUCCAACCUCCCGACGUUUGUCACUUCGCCCAUUUCCGUUUCGUCCGCGUUGCCAGCCCGAUCGACUGACACUACGGAACGCUCUGAAGCUCUACCCAUCCACUCAUUCCAGACACACCACUUCGCCACCGCUGCUCUUCCCGUGUGCUCCUCAUUUGAAACGAGCCGAUGGCUUCUGUGGAACACUGCCUUUACUGCUUUGAGGCUCUGGCUUCGCACCUGGAGAAGCGUCCGGGUCUCGCCCUCAAGGAGAUUCAGCGAUCAUGGCCCGAAUACGUAAAGACGCUCGGUGACGGCAGGGACGGCAGCAAGAAGCUCCUCCCUGCCUUGCAGCGCCUCGCCGACCCGGCGAGUGACUCGGCAUCCGCCUCCUCCGGUUCCAGCUUCUCGCUGGCCGCCGAGACACCCGCGACGUCGACCAACUCCCUUUCCGGCGACGACGACGACGAUGGACCCAUCACCGAAUCCCCGCUCUUCGUCACAUGGAACACCAUCUCACCAAGCUCGGGCCACCGCUCGCUGCGGGGUUGCAUCGGCACCUUUGAGGCGCAGGACCUCGAGGACGGCCUGUCGAGCUACGCCCUCACGUCGGCGCUCCACGACAUGCGAUUUCCGCCCGUCGAGGCGUCGGAGCUGCCCUCGCUCGAGGUGGCCGUGACGCUGCUCACCGACUUUGAAGAGGCCGACGACGCCAUGGACUGGACCCUCGGCGUGCACGGCCUGCGUAUCAGCUUCACCCACCACGGCAAGCGGUAUGGCGCCACAUACCUCCCUGACGUCGCCGUCGAGCAGGAGUGGACCAAGGAGGAGACGCUCAUAAGCCUGAUGCGCAAGGCCGGUUGGAUGGGCAGCAAGAGCAAGUGGCGCGACGUUGAGCUCAAGGUUGUGCGCUACCAGGGCAAGAAGGAUUCGUUGGAGUACGGCGAGUACAAGAAGUGGGCAGACUGGGUCAAGAACAACAAGUCAAAGUCUGGCUGAGGGCAUUUCAUGCCGGUGAUUGUGUGCCUUUUAUGAAAGAUCAGUAUUGGCGUUGGAUUUGCAAGGGCUUUGGGACAUGCUUUUUGGGCGUCGUGGGUCGGAUGACAGGCUACACGAGGAUAGAAGACUCUGGUCUCCUUGGCAUAGACAGAAUAUAGCCUUGGUGCGUCAAUACAGUUUCAUCACAACUCC